UUUAUAUUACUUUUUUUUUGUGUGUGUUGUAUUAGUUGAAUAAAUUAUUUUUUCUGAAGAGACCAAAACAUCUAAAAUGUCCGAAGUGACACUCAGAGGUGUGUCCAUUCAGUUCCCGUUUAAACCGUACAAAGUUCAGGAGGACUACAUGGAAAAGGUGAUCGAAUGCCUACAGGAUGGCAAAAACGGCGUUCUGGAGUCACCCACAGGCACGGGUAAAACGUUGAGUUUACUGUGUUCGUCGUUGGCAUGGCUCAUGGUGAAAAAGGCUUCCAUACAGUCACAGUCCCAUGCAACAGGAUCCCUGGAUCAGCUGAGUUGUGGAACUUCUUUCAUGCAUGACCUUACCAAGAGCCUCAACAAAGCUGGAGGCAAAGGCUUCGAGCAGCCUUUAUCAACGGACAUCAACAGUUUUGGCUGGGCAAUACCCAGAAUCAUCUAUGCUUCUAGAACUCACUCUCAGUUAUCUCAGGCAAUGCAAGAGUUGAAGAGAACGUCUUACAAGCACGUCAGCGUAGCCGUUCUUGGUUCAAGAGAUCAGCUCUGCAUCAAUCCAGAAGUUGCAAGGGAGCAAAGUAGCUCCAACAAAAAUCAUUUGUGUCAAGCUAAAGUCAAGACAAGAAGUUGUAUAUUUUAUAAUACUGUAGAAUCUAGAAAAGAAGAUCCAAGUAUCAAGCAAAGUAUUUUAGACAUAGAAGAUUUAGUCAAGACUGGUCAGAAACAUAAAUGUUGUCCUUAUUAUUUAUCCAGGGAGUUAAAACAAAAUGCGGAUAUAAUAUUUAUGCCUUAUAAUUACUUAUUAGACCCCAAGACUAGGAAAAAUUUGAACAUUGAACUGAAAAAUUAUGUUGUCUUGCUGGACGAGGCACAUAACGUAGAAAAAAUAUGCGAAGAAGCUGCUUCUUUGCAAAUGAGUAGCACAGAUAUUGCUCUUUGCAUAGAUGAAAUAACAAGUGUUAUGAUGGACAUAGCUAAGGCAGAUAAACAAAAUGAUAGUUCAUCCGAAACACCUAGUAAUACCCAAAAAGAUUUUUCGUCGGAAGAUCUCAUUAUUUUGAAAACUAUGUUUUUGGAGCUGGAAAAAGCCAUUGAUUCCAUUCAAAUUACUAGACGAGAUGAAGGGGACACUUUUCCUGGUAGUUAUAUUUUUGAACUACUGGCAAAAGCUGAGAUUACCAAUGGUAAAGAGUCAUUGGUGGUUGAAAAGUUGGACAAAAUAAUAACUUAUUUGACAACCACAAGUGCAUCACCUUUUGCCAGGAAAGGGAAUGCUCUUCAAAAGUUUUGUGAUCUUUUGAGGAUUGUAUUUGCUGGAACAGCUAAUAGUAUGUUUAGAGAAAGAAUAAAAAAGUGUUAUAAGGUUUAUGUUCAAAUCGAACCACCAAAAAAAACGUUUAAAAAUGAUGGUUGGGAGACAAAAAAAAUUAGUAAAUCAGAUGGAAAACUAAUAAGCUAUUGGUGUUUUAGUCCAGGAUUUGGAAUGCAGCAAUUAAUAGAUCAAGGUGUAAGAUCUGUUAUAUUGACAAGUGGAACUCUGUCUCCUUUAAAACCAUUUAUAUCGGAAAUCGGAAUCGACAUACAAGUGCAGUUAGAAAAUCCCCAUAUCGUGUCCAAUAAACAAAUUUGUGUUGGUGUUGUUGGUUGUGGAUACGAUGGCUAUCCUCUCAAUUCAUCAUUUAAUACAAGGAAUGAUCCAAAAUACAUAGCUUCUCUUGGAGAAACUAUCAAAAUUUUUAGUUUCAUUUUGCCGCACGGUUUGUUAAUUUUUUUUCCAUCUUAUCCUAUUAUGAAAAAAUGCCAAGAAGAAUGGCAAAAGAUGGGAAAAUGGACUCAAAUCGAAAAUAACAAGCCAAUUUUUGUGGAACCUCAAUCAAAAGAUACAUUUAAUAGUAUUAUGAAUGAUUAUUACAAAAAAAUUCACGAUCCCGCAUUUAAAGGGGCAAUCUUCAUGGCGGUUUGUAGGGGAAAGGUCAGUGAAGGUUUAGAUUUUGCUAAUGCAAAUGGAAGAGCAGUUUUAAUCACUGGAUUACCAUUUCCGCCUUUGAAAGAUCCAAGAAUCAUAUUAAAGCAACGUUACUUGGAAGAAAAUCGAGUUGUUGGGAAAGAAAGUCUAACAGGACAACAAUGGUAUCAACUUGAAGCAUCGAGAGCUGUUAAUCAAGCCAUUGGUCGUAUCAUUCGUCACAAGAACGAUUAUGGUGCCAUAUUACUUUGCGAUUGUCGUUUCGAUAAUCCGUCGUUUAAACAGCAAUUGUCAUCGUGGAUUAGGCCACAUAUUAAAAAAUUUCCCGAUUUCAAGGCAGUAUUGAAAGAAUGUCGAGAAUUUUUCCGAUACGCUAGUGCAAAUCUCCCACAACCCAUAAAUAAUGUAGUAAAGUCAGAUUCCGACAUGUCGUUGCCAGCCGUUCCUGCUCAUUUCGAUACCAGCGUCAAACGCUCUUCGAAUUCUGCAUCACAUAAUUCUUCUCAAAAUGAAAGUUCAGCGGUAGAAAAAGAAAAAGAAGAUCCCUUUGAUAUUAAUUUUUAUAAAACGGAAAAUAAUACCGGCGCUGUAAAAAGUAGUCAAAAAACUCAAACUUCGCCGACAAAAAAUUUAGCGUCGAUGUUUGAGAUGAAACCAAAGAAGCCAGUGUUAAAUUUCACUACAUGUAAAUUACAAAGUGAUCCUAAUAGUACUACGGAAAAAGUAAUUUCACCCGAGCCUCAAAUCAAACGAAGAAAAGUUACAAUUAAGCCUGUGAUCUUUGAUAAAAUUGAAGAAGAGGUCCCUUCAACUUCAGAAUUUAAUACUACUCCAGCAUCUCAAUUGUCAAUUUUGAAUUCUUCUAACAGUACACAGGAAGAUGCCCCAUCAAAACUAGAGCAGGGAAAAUUGUACUUAAAAGAGGUUAAAAGCCGUCUUACCAAAGAAAAGGUUGACGUUUUCAAAAGUAUAAUUGCUAAUUAUAAAAGGAAUAGCAGUUUUCAAGAGCUGAUAGUUGCUCUGAAAGAUUUAUUCAUCACGGAAAGUAAAGAUGAACGUCUAUUCAUUGGCUUUCGUACUUUUCUUAAAAAAGAGCAUAUUAAAGCCUUUGAUGAAUAUGUUCAACACAUGGGAACACUAUAAUCGGCACGGUAGCGUUCCUCGCCAAAAAUAAAUGGCCACAGUAUUUUUUAACUGAUAAAAUUGUACAUACAUUGUUAUUUUUAUAUAAAAUUAUUUCAAGGACAAUAAAAAUAUG